AUGACACACAGCAGCAUCAUGGUGGAUGUAGGCAAGUGGCCAAUAUUCACCUUACUGUCACCUCAAGAAAUAGCGUCUAUUCGGAAAGCAUGUGUAUUUGGUACAUCAGCCAAUGAAGCUAUAUACAUAACACACAAUGAUGAGGUAUUUGUUUUUGGACUGAAUUGCAAUAAUUGUUUGGGAACUGGAGAUAAUCAGAGCACAAUAGUACCAAAGAAAUUAGAAGCCUUAUGUGGAAAGAAGAUUUCCAAUCUCAGUUAUGGAAGUGGACCCCAUGUUGUACUUUGUACUGAAGAUGGUGAAGUGUAUGCUUGGGGCCAUAAUGGUUACAGCCAGCUUGGGAAUGGCACAACCAAUCAGGGCAUUAGUCCUGUUCAAGUUUGCACAAAUCUGUUAUUAAAGAAGGUGGUGGAAGUAGCUUGUGGCUCUCAUCAUUCCAUGGCACUGUCAUUUGAUGGGGAUCUGUACGCUUGGGGCUAUAAUAACUGUGGUCAAGUUGGAUCUGGAUCUACAGCAAACCAGCCAACUCCUCGCAGAGUUUCAAACUGUUUACAGGGCAAAAUGGUAGUUGGCAUUGCUUGUGGUCAGACCUCCUCCAUGGCUGUAGUAAACAAUGGUGAGGUUUAUGGCUGGGGUUACAAUGGUAAUGGUCAGCUAGGUCUUGGAAACAAUGGCAAUCAACUAACACCAUGCAGAGUGGCAGCGUUACAUGGUGUGUGUAUACUCCAGAUUGCCUGUGGCUAUGCGCACACACUAGCACUAACAGAUGAGGGUUUGCUCUAUGCCUGGGGAGCUAACACUUAUGGGCAGCUGGGAACUGGCAAUAAAAGUAACCAGCUAAGCCCAGUGCAGAUCAUGAUGGAAAAAGAAAGGGUUGUGGAGAUUGCAGCCUGUCACUCUGCUCACACGUCGGCUGCCAAGACCCAGAGCGGCCAGGUGUACAUGUGGGGCCAAUGCCGUGGGCAGUCAGUGAUCCUUCCCCACCUCACUCACUUUGCCUGCACUGACGAUGUGUUUGCUUGCUUUGCUACCCCUGCCGUUAUGUGGCGUCUUCUGUCAGUAG